AAAUAAAUAAAUAAAAAACAACGUAGUUGUGGUUGUGGUGCAAAGCAAGUACGGCAGACUGCCAGACACCCUUCUCUCUCUUCUCCGUCUUCAACAGGUAAACGCCAUUUUCCUUCCUUUGCUCCAGUUUCAGAUUUCUGAUACUCUCUAUUGACAUGGCUUCCAUUGUUGCUAACUUGCCUCCACCAUUGUUGCUACAUGGUAGAAAAACUAUUUUCAGAAAUCUGCAGAAACUCCCAGUUUCUUCCAUUAUAGAGACACAGAAUCGUGCGACUGUUAUUGUGAAGGCAACUGGGGAAAGUUCUGAAUCUUCAACCUCCCUUAUUAUCGUUAAGUCUGUUCAGAAUUUUUGGGAUAAAUCUGAAGAUCGGUUUGCAUUUUUCGGUUUGGGGUUUGCAGCUAUAGUUGCCUUUUGGGCUUCAGCAAACUUGAUCACGGCCAUUGACAAGUUGCCACUCAUCCCAAGUUUUCUAGAACUAAUUGGGAUACUGUUUUCUUCGUGGUUUAUAUAUCGCUACCUCUUAUUCAAACCCGAUAGAGAAGAGCUUUUUCAACUUGUCAACAAGUCAAUAUCCGAUGUCGUGGGUCAGUGAAUUCUGCCACUGCAUAAUGACCAAUUUGAAUUGGUGUAUUUAAUGAAAAUUUGGCUCUCUUUAGAUGGGCAAAAAAGAAGAGGGAGAGGGGGUGGGUAUGAUGAGACUUCUUGUAACAUUUGCCCGUUCCAAUUUGUAUUUUUCAUACUGAAAUACUCGAGUUUAUGUUGUGCAAUUUUACAGUUCUAAGAUCAUGGAAGGAAAGAAAACUUCAAA